AUGGAAUAUGCGGGUGGUGAUGUAGGGGCAGAACACCUCUGUGUGUUAGUCCACGGGCUCUGGGGCAACCCGAACCACAUGAGGUCCGUGGCCAAAGCCCUGCGAACCCAAUACCCGCCCGAUAAGCUCCACAUCUUGGUCGCAAAGCGCAACAGCGGCUCCUUCACAUACGAUGGCAUUGAACUCGGCGGCGAGCGCGUGUGCGUUGAGAUCGAGGAGGAGCUGGAGCUGAUCAAGAGCAAGGGCGGAAACAUAACCAAGCUCAGCAUUGUCGGCUACUCGCUCGGCGGCCUGGUCGCAAGAUACGCCAUUGGCUUGCUCUUCGCCCGGGGCGUGUUGGACAAGUUGGAGUGCAUGAACUUCACCGCCUUCGCAAGCCCUUUCCUCGGAGUACGAAGUCCGCUGCGCGGGUGGGCAAACCAGAUCUGGAACGUCAUGGGCGCAAGGACGCUGUGCAUGUCCGGACGGCAGCUCUUCGGCAUCGACAAGUUCCGCGACACGGGCAAGCCCAUCCUGGCCGUGCUCGCCGACCCAAACUCCAUCUUCAUGUCAGGCCUCGCCAAGUUCAAGCGCCACACCCUGUACACAAACAUCAUCAACGACCGCAGCGCCGUCUACUACACGACCGCCAUCUCCAAGACGGAUCCCUUCACCGACCUGUCCAAGAUGAAAGUGCGCUACCUCAAGGGCUGGGAGGACGUGAUCCUCGACCCGACCGACCCGGUGGACUCGUCCUCCGCCGACGACGACCUUGAACCACCAACCCUCCAAAAGCGGGCGGAGCGCAUCCCCUUCAUGCUCGCGCUCGCCGUCUUCAUCCCCGUCGGGGUGGUCGCGUUCCUGGUCAACUCGGCCGUGCAGACGGUGCGCUCGUCGCGGCGCGUGCGACUGCACGAGCGCGGGCUGGCGGGCAUCAACCCGGAAAGCUUCCGGGUGAACCUCUGGAUCAAGGAAAUCCGCGAGGCGGUCGAGGACGCCUACGAGAACCUCAACAGCUCCCAGGGCCACGAGUACCUGAACCACGAAGGUGGGUUAGGUGGCGGUGAGGAGCACGAGGACCACGGGGAAGGGCAAGACGCGGCGGGCGACCGCGAGAUCCUCGCGCUCGAACGCAAGGAGUCGCGCGCCGCUGAGGGAGAGCCGACGUUGGCUUUGGCGCCGUACCAAUUUGCCGCCAUCAGGGCGCUGGAUGCCCUGAAAUGGAGAAAGUAUCCGGUUUGGAUACACAAGCAUCGGCAUAGCCAUGCGGCUAUCAUUGUGAGGAUGGAGAAGCCUGGAUUCGAGGAGGAGACAUCCAGAUUCUUCGACGCCAGCUCGACGACGGUAACGCCCCGUCGCGUGACGCGCUCCAGCCUCGCGCGUUUCGCGUACAAUGGUGCCUCGAACAUUCCCGCGCCCGGCGUGACUGACAACAGCUUGGAUAACGCCGACUCCGAAAUAACGUUCGGCUCCGACAUUGAAGAUGCCAUCGUCAAGAAGACGACACCCGCAACGCGCAAACGGAAGCGCACCGCAACAGAGCUCGCAGUAGUGCAGCCGUCACCACGACGGGCACCAACAACAACCACCAUGACCACGAGGGCGACGACAAGAGCCGAGAUCAAAACCGAAAUUAAGGCAGAAGAAGACGCGUCAUCCGAUGUCGAAGCCGACACGAAGCCACCAAGACCCCGCGGCCGCGCUCGGAAGCCCGCGCGCAAAACGACCGACGCCGUCACAGGCGCAACGACGGUUGAGCCGCCGUCGGACUGGGAGGAAAUCUACUCACUCGUCAAGGAGAUGCGUCUGACGGGCCCCGCAGCCAACGCAGCCGUCGACACGAUGGGGUGCGAGCGGCUCGCCCACCCGGCCGCUAGCGCGCGCGACCGGCGCUUCCACACCCUCGUAGCCCUCAUGCUGUCCAGCCAGACCAAGGACACGGUCAACGCCGAGGCCAUGGCGCGGCUGCAGGCCGAGCUGCCGCCCCACGAGCCCGGCGCGUUGCCCGGGUUGACCCUGGAGAACAUGCUCGCCGUUGAUCCGGCGGUGCUGAACGAAUUGAUUGGCAAAGUCGGGUUUCAUAAUAACAAGACUAAGGAACAUUCUACUAACAACCCCCGGCCGAACAGAUACCUCAAACAAACCGCCGCCAUCCUCCGCGACAAAUUCAACUCGGACAUACCCGACACCAUUGAAGGGUUGGUCUCACUACCGGGCGUGGGGCCCAAGAUGGCGCACCUGUGCAUGAGCGCCGACAACGGGUGGGGGCGGGUCGAGGGGAUCGGGGUGGACGUGCACGUGCACCGCAUCACCAACCUGUGGGGGUGGCAGGGGCGGCCGGGAACAAAAACGCCCGAGGAGACGCGCCUGGCCCUGCAGGCCUGGCUCCCCCGCGACAAGUGGAAGGAGAUCAACUGGCUGCUUGUCGGCUUCGGCCAGUCGGUUUGUCUUCCCGUGGGGCCAAAAUGCGGCGACUGCGAGCUGGGUCUCCGCGGCCUGUGCAAGGCCGCUGACCGGAAGAAGGUUAAUGAGGGUAUCAGGAGGAGGCAGCGGAGUGUUCUUGUUAAGGAGGACGAGAGGGUCAAGGUUGAGGUGGUCAAGGCUGAGCCUGAGCCUGAGCCUGAGCUUGAGCGGAAUGUUGUUGGUUGGGAGGGAAUGGAGGGUGGGGGGUUGGUUAAAUGUGAAGAGGAAGACAUGGAGAUUGAUCAGGUGAAAGAGGAAAAAAUAAAGAUUGACGAGAUUGAGGUGGAAGGGAAUGCGGAUACAGAAAGUAAGCAGGCGACCAAAAAGGGGGAAAGGGUUGGGGAUCGGGAAAAUACGCCAGUGAUCAAAAAGGAGGAAAAGAUUGAUGUUGACGACGAGGAGGGCAUGAAAAUCACAGGGGAAAGCGUUGUGAACACGGACCUUGAACGGGCGGUUACGAUAAAAAAGGAGGAUGAGAUGGCGGUGGACGAGGCUGAAAUAGAGGUCAGCGGGGAAACCGAUAUGAGGAUGGAGGACAAACAGGCUGUCAAAAUGGAGGGUGAGAUGGAGAUUGAUGAGGUCAAGCCCUCGGUCGAGGACAAGGCUGGGGAUAUGGAGUGUGAGCAGGUGAUUAAAAAUGAGGAAAAGAUGGAGGUUGAUGAAGCGAAACUAAAGGUCAAGGGGGAGAGGGAUGAGAAUACGGAGAGUAAACAUGCGAUUAAAAGGGAGGGGAAAAUAGAGGUUGGCGAGGUGAAGCCGGCAGUCAACGGAGAAGGGGUCGGUGAACGGGACGGCGAGUUGCUUAUGCAAUCCAUAGAGGUUGAUGAGGUGAAGGUAGAAGUGAAGGGGGAUAUGGAGCUGGGGAUCAAGAAAGAAGAGGGCUCGAUGGACAUCGACGAGGUGAAGGGUGGGAUUAAUGUUUGUGGAGACGGCGAGGUAUUGGUCAAAAAAGAGGAGGAAAAGGAGGAUGUCGUGGGAUGGGCCUCGCACUCGUCGAGCUACCUCCGAGAAGCUUCUGCCAGAGUCAAGUCUGAAGCCUCGAGAGCCUGA